AUGCCUGCGGAUAUUCGGAGCUUUUUUGGGGGCAAGACAGCAACGCCUAUUCGUGAGAAGGAGACCAAGAAGGAAGAUGAUUCCAAGAAGAAAAGAAGCAAAAGCCGGAAAGUCAUUGAAGAUAGUGAUGAUGAGGAGGAGCCACCCAAAAAGGCAACCCCAAAGCCCACUGCGAAGAAGCCUGUAAAGAAGGAAUCUCUGAAGGGCGAAGAAACUAGCACAGCAGACUAUUUUGCCUCCAGCUCCAAGCCUAAACCCAAGUCUACCCCUGUGAAGGCAAAGGCAGCUCCAAAAGUCGAAAAUGGAAGCCGAUCAUCUGCACGCAAGAAGAAGACAAACACGUCAUACAGCGAGCUGCAGGAUGAUGACGAGUUUGCUUUUCUGGACGCUGGUGAUGAUGCGUCGGACGACAUCUUCGCAGCAGAUGUAAAAAAAUCUGGCAAACGGAAAGAUGAUGGAUAUGUUGAAAUACACAGUGACGAUGAGCCUGUCAUUCAGCCAAAGAGGACAACCACGAAGGGAAAGCAAUCACCGGCCAAGACGAAGAAGGAAGAUGUCGAGAUGAAGGAUGCAGACUCAAUUACUCUGGUAAAUGACAGUGACGAUGCCAUGGUUAUCGACAAAUCAGCGCCGAAGGCUGGAAGCAAGAAGAGAAAGUCGGUGGAUCUGGAAUCGGAUUCGGAAGAGGACGAUAUUAAGCCUGCUAAUAAGGCCUUCAAGGUUAAAUCCGCAAAACAACCUCCUGCGAAGAAAGCCCGGGCUCCCAGAAAGACCAAGGAAGUUGAGCCUGAAAGUGCGGCUUUACAGGCCAUUCUGGACAACAUUCCGACCAUUCGAGCACCUACGCCUCCUCCGAAAGACCCGGACGCAAAAUUUGACUGGAGAAAGGGUGCUGGUGGUGGUGGAAAUGCGGGACCUCCACCAGCGGCAGGAUCAAAAGACAUACCAACGGGCCAAGAAAACUGUCUAGCAGGUAUGACUUUCGUCUUUACAGGACUUCUCGAGACACUAUCAAGAGAGGAAGGACAAGAGCUUGUCAAACGCUACGGAGGCAAAGUCACUGGCGCUCCAAGUAGCAAGACAAGCUUUGUUGUGCUGGGAAAUGAUGCUGGACCAAGUAAGCUUCGAAAAAUUCAUGAUAUGAAAAUCAAGACAAUCAAUGAAGAUGGUUUGUUCGCACUCAUCAGUGUUUUGCCAGCCAAUGGCGGAGAUGGGAAAGCUGCCGAGAAAAAUAUGGAGAAAAAGAAGGCAGAAAUGGAAAAGAUCAAGAAAGAAGCAGAGGAGAUGGAGAGAGAAGAGAAGAGAAAGGCUGCCGAGGUCGAAAGGGCUGAAAAGGAGGCCCAGAAACUCGCCAAAUUGAAGGGAACUCAAGCUGCUUCCCCAGUGCGCAAGAUCGACCCAAGUUCGCAGCUGUGGACAACCAAGUACGCACCAACUUCACUCAACCAGAUCUGCGGCAACAAAAAGGCUGUAGAGCAAAUUGGCGAGUGGCUGAGAGGCUGGCCAAAAGCCCACAAGUACAACUUCCAACACAAGGGUCCCGAUGGACUUGGUGGCUUUCGAGCUAUUAUGAUCCACGGUCCUCCUGGUAUUGGAAAGACAACUGCUGCCCACCUGGCUGCCAAGUUAUCUGGAUACGACAUCAUCGAAAGCAAUGCAAGCGAUACUCGAAGCAAGAAGAUGGUCGAAGCUGGGCUCCACGAGGUAUUGAACAAUACAUCUCUGCGCGGAUACUUCGCUGGCGAUGGCAAGGAUGUCGACCUACAGAAAAAGAAAAUUGUUCUGAUCAUGGAUGAGGUUGAUGGAAUGUCUGCCGGAGACCGUGGAGGUGUUGGAGCUCUUGCAAAAGUUUGUAAGACAACCGACAUUCCCAUGAUCCUGAUCUGCAAUGAAAGAAGGCUACAAAAAAUGAAGCCAUUCGAUUAUGUCGCCUUCGACAUGCCAUUUAGACGACCAACUAGCGACCAAGUGAGAUCACGUAUUGCCACAAUUUGUCACAGAGAAGGUCUGAAGCUACCUAUGCCAGUGAUUGAGGCGCUUAUCGAGGGUAGCAACAAGGAUAUUCGGCAAAUCAUCAACAUGAUAUCCACAGCAAAGAUUGAUCAAAAUACCAUGGAUUUCGACCAAAGUAAGGCUAUGUCCAAAGCUUGGGAGAAGCAUGUUGUCCUGAAACCCUGGGAUAUCUGUCACAAGUUACUUGGCGGAGGCAUGUUCGCUCCCUCCAGCAAAGCUACACUAAAUGACAAGAUCGAGCUCUACUUUAAUGAUCAUGAGUUUAGCUACUUGAUGAUCCAAGAGAAUUACCUCAGUACCAAACCUACGCUUGCUUCCAAUCUCAAUCCCCGAGAAGCACGCCUAAAGGCAUUACAGCUCGCGGACCAAGCAGCAGAAAGCAUUAGUGAUGGAGACUUGGUAGACAGGAUGAUCCACGGUUCCCAGCAACAAUGGAGUCUAAUGCCAACACACGCCGUCUUCAGUGCUGUGCGGCCUGCGUCCUUUGCAGCCGGACUUAUGACUGGCCAGACAGCUUUCACAAAAUGGUUAGGCAACAACAGUAAGCUCGGAAAGCUUAGCCGAUUUGUGAAGGAGAUCCAGUCGCACAUGCGAUUGCGAACAUCUGGAGAUCGUCAUGAGAUUCGCCAACAGUACCUCCCUAUGCUCUGGACCCAGAUGAUAAGGAGACUCGAGGUUGAGGGCAAGGACUGUGUGGAAGAAGUCAUCGACUUGAUGGACAGCUACUUCCUUACUAGAGAUGACUUUGACAAUAUCAUGGAGCUUGGACUGGGACCCCAAGAGCAGGAGAAAGUCCAUUUGGAGACCCAGACAAAAGCAUCGUUCACCAGACAGUAUAACGCCCGGACUCAUCCUUUGCCAUUUAUGAAGGCAAGUAAUGUCAUAGCACCUGCAAAGGCGACGAAGCAAGCACCAGAUCUUGAGGAAGCUUUCGAAGAGGAAGUAGACGAAGUGGAGGUUGCCGAAGUCAAAGAUGACGACGAUGAAACUGAUCUGAAGAAAGACAAGUACAUCAAGCAACCGAAGACCAAGAAGGCACCUGCAAAGAAAGCGCCAAAGAAGAAGGCUGCAAAGAAGGAUGAUGACGACGAAGAAGAGGAUUCUGAAGAUGCCAAGCCUAAAAAGGCAAAGGCCAAGCCCAAGGCGAAAGGAAAGGGAAAGAAGUGA